CUGUGUACUGUGAAUAUUAAUCAAUAUAUAGAGUAUGACGACGGAAGCGAGUGCGGUUACAGCACUCAAUACACCUGUAGGAGACCAUCAUACGGUGCGAAAAAAUAUCGACGAAUACUAGAUCAGGUCAACCUAACAUCAUAAUGCCCAGUACAACUGACUAUGCGUGGUUGCACCGCCCCCUGGAAGUGGUUCGCAUGUUAACCUCGAAUGUGAUAAAUGGCGUCGAUCAGUGCACGGAUGAAGAUAUGGGUGUCCAAGAGUACUUCAAAACUAUACUCAGCAAAAAGGAGAACACUGAUCUGGUGCCAAUCCUGACAGCAUCGAACGCAGAACUAUUACGUCCAGGCUCGCUGGUGCGUAUGCGAGGAAUGGUGCAUCAUACAUUUGACCGUCGGUACUGUAUUUGCAAGGGAUCUGCCAUUUUGUCAAACGGUGAGAAGAGGCCAGUGUGUGGAUUAUAUCAGUCUGAACUCCAAGUUCCGGAUGGUGCCCACAUCGAUCCUCAUGCCCAGAGCAACACCUUCAUAGCACAGACCGAAGUAUAUGUGACACCCAUUCCUGGUCAAAACACCUGGGUGACUGAGAUGCUCAAUGGAAAGCAAGAGGUCGCCCCAGGUACUGCAGGUACAAGUGAUGCUCGUUUGGAUACUGGUUUGAGUAUAGCCGCAGGCAAGAGACAGCAAUCAGACGAAGCUGACAAUGGCAUGAGUAUUGAUGAAGAUACACUAGACACAGAGUCCAAGCGUGUCAAAGCGGCAGCGUCCACAAACGUACCUCUACACACUAACAGCAGCAGUGAUAGGAUACCAGCCGAUGGUGCGGGAGCUAACGGUGAGACAAGCACAGAGAUAAACACGGAUACAAGCAAAGAUGGUGCUACUGACUCACAAGGGGCUAGUUUAAGUGCAGGCAUGGGGGUGUAUGAGGAGACGGUGGGAGCAGCCGUGGUGACACUCUAUGGCUCGACAGAAGAUCCGGCGAUCAACACGCACGUUGAUGUAUACGGUAUCCUAUCAGAGCCUGUUUCAACACCAAUCACCGCUGAGCAGCCUGUAGAUGAUCCCAUGGGCAUGUUUCCUGAAUUGGAUACAGCCGUGGCACCUCAGCAUAUGCCAAGGUUACAGGCCGUGCACUUAGAGAGUGUUCUAUCAACUAAUCCUAUCACUACCACUGUCGACAGCCUGUCUAAUGAGGACAUAGCAAAGGCACGAGCAACAAUUAUUGAGAUCCUGUCUGAAGCUUUGUGUGGCGACGUAGCUGCUGCUGAGUAUGUGCUCAUGCACCUGCUGUCCUCAACACCUAUAAGUGAGUCCGCUGCUCCUAAUGGCGCCAAGCCCGGUCCAAGAGUCGGCAAGGUGUCUCUGAAUCUGUUCGGAGCUUGUGAUGCCCAGAUGGUAGCAAACAUUGAAGAUAUCCUGCGCUCGUUGACCCCGACAACCGUCAAAAUACCUCUGGUGAUGGACACAUUAAAUGCCGAAAGAUACUGGCCAGUACAGGACGGCGAGUCGCAAAGACUGCGAAAAUCAUUGCUGCAAGUAGCACCUCGUAUCACUCACUUCCUUAUAGAUGAAGUAGCCUUGCAGACAGGUAAGCUCAAUGACACUGGCGUCAAAAACCUCCAAGCGAUUCAAAAUCUGCUGGUGAGUGGUGUUGUCCCCUAUCAAUUCGAGACAUACGAAAUGAGGUUUGAGUGUGAUGCCACCACACUUGUGCUCAGUGAAGGGAAGAGCAUGCUGGCUUCCGAGCUCCCUUACAAAUUGGUGCCUAGUUCGCAAGAAGCAUCGUCGCACACGCAAACGCUACGCAAUGUGAUACAAGCUGGUGAGAUCGAUCAAUUGCGCACAUAUGUUGCCGCCUGUCGAGCGCUGCCUUUCACAAUCGACGACGCGACACGUGAGAAAUGUAUAUCCGACUACGUGGAAUUGCGCAAAGCAAGCCCAGAUACCGUAACGCCCGAAACACUCGACCGAUUGCUGACAUUGGCACGAUACUGCACGAUCUCAUUCGGAAAGAGCCUCCUGAGUGCAGACAUAUGGGUUAAGGUGCAGCGGGGAGAGAACGAACGCAAUGGACGCUUGCCAAUUCCUCCUUCAGCUCCCGUACGUGGCCAAUAACGACUAUUAGUAACAAAGGACACUCGCCAUGUGGGCGAGCGGCGGAAUACCCAGACACAAUCAUAAAUAAGACUACGAAUAUUGUGCAGAGACGCGCGCUUGUAACGUAUAUCACAUGCAUGCAGAGGAACUCGCACAUAAGCCUCUCUUUCAUUUUAAUAUAGAUCAUUGUCAAAGAUCAUGAAUUUGAAUAAGGAGAAUGCACUGGAAAUAUUUGAUAAAAAAUUCUCUGCGUAGUUGCGAGAACAAAGAGUGCCC